AUGUCUCAUACUGUCGUUGUCGCGCCGACUCAGGGAAUCCUUCGUUAUGUUCCAUUUGUCGUCAAUGCGUCUGUCGGGGACACCGUUGUGUUUGUGUGGAACGCAAACAACCAUACUGUCACCAAGUCGUCGGAACUCGCGAUUUGUAAUAAGACCACGGAUGCGCCGUUUGCCUCGGGUGAACAAAACAAAAGUUUUGUCUUCCAACAGAUGGUCAACGAUACAAACAGCACAUUCUUCUACUGCGGUACUCCAGGUCACUGCCAGAAAGGCAUGUUCGGUAUCAUAAACCCUCCGAAUGCUGCUAUGGGAAGCAACAUGUCGUUAUCCAGCAUGAUGCCUGCUAUGGCUGCAAACAGUUCGGCCAUGGGCGCUAUGUGGCAGUACACGCAAAUGAUGACUCAAAAUAAUACCAUGGCAGCGGGCUGGGGGGGUGGCAUUGAUAUGUCUGGCAUGCCUCAGUGGGCUUAUCAAUACGUGGCCGAGAAUGUGAUGUACACCCGUACGUUCCUGGCUGCCAACCCGGAAACCCUUAACGAGGAUGGGAGUGUUAGCCUCAGCAAUGCAGGGAGUACGCCGUUGAUGGUCCCAGUUGACAUCACGUCUGUGCAGAACGGCAGCACGUCAUCGCAGGGAGGAAACUCUGGCAGUUCCCCAACUCAAUCUGCGAGCUCGAACCCGUAUGCGACAAUGACAGGUGGUGCUGCGCAGCUCUUGUCCUCCAAAGUCGUCGUUGGUUUCACCGUUGCGAUUUCCUUAAUUUUCGUUCUCUAG